AUGUACCUGGACAGGAGCAUCGGUAGGCUUGUGGACUAUCUCGAAACCGAAGGCUGGCUGGAGAACUCCAUCAUCGUCGUGGCGAGUGACAACGGCGGGUGCCCGUCGACCGGUGGCAGCAACUACCCGCUGAGGGGGCUCAAGCACUCCAACUGGGAGGGCGGGGUUAAGGUUCCUGCAUUUGUGUACUCUCCUAGCCACAUCCCAGAUGAAAACUGGGGCACGGAGUACCGCGGACUCAUGCACGUCACCGACUGGCUGCCUACCUUAGCGGACGCGGCGAACUUCGAGCUUCUCGGAAGCCACGGAGACCUUGACGGAGUAAGCCACUGGAAGCACAUCGUCCACGCUCCUGGCGAUGACACCGCCACAGUUUCUGAGUCGCCGGAAGCGGCGGCUUCGGCGGCGGCGGCGGCGGCGGCGGCGGCGGCGGAGGUUAACCGACUGAAGAAAGUGAGGACGGCUACGGCGGUGGUUGGUGGUCGCGGUGGCGGUGGCGGUAGCUACGGCUUGGGUGAGGUCUCGUACGGUGCCAGGAGCGAGGUUCUGUACAACUCCGACCCGUAUGUUCUGGGAGCCAGCAUCACCGCCGACAUCGGUGACGCCGACUUCACCGAGGUACAGGGAGCUUUCCGCCAGGGUAAAUGGAAAUUCAUGUUCAAGUCGUGGUGUUCCGGCUACUACGCCUUCGACAACAACACCUUACUCGCGGACGACCUGACGGACGAGGACAACACCUGCCAGGAGCUAGGGGAGUGCUCACAGUGCGGGGCCAACUGCGAGAACCUGGGAAUCGACUACACGGACUGGCUCUUCGACCUCGAGGAUGACCCCAGGGAAUUGAACAACCUCGCCAACGAACACCCGGAGGUGCCGUACUAUAUUUGUUGA